ACAAGACACUAUGCUAUGGGUAAUGUGUAUAAUUCGAUCGUGCAUAAAUGCAUGCACUAGCUGUAUACAUGGGCUAGGCACGCCCAUUGCAUUGCAUUGCAUUUUUGUGCAUCCUCUUGAACCUCGGCGCGUAGACAUAGAUCUGGUGCAAUUAAGUGCAGGUGCUAGUAAUCUCUAGUUCUUGCAUUAUCAUUUGUUUGAGCCGCGAUGAAGUACACACGUGGUAUCUUUGUUUUGCUUUUAGCCCUAGUGGUUAUUCAGGGCAGUGCGAAAAAUGAAGAUGUGAAUCAAAAUAUAUCUCCGACGCAGUCAGUAACCACCGCAACCACUGAGGAGGAGUUGGCCGAAGCUCGGGGCGAAGAGAUAGACAGUGAUCCGACAAGCGAAGGAGCAGGAGGAGGCUGUGGCUGCGGGUCGUCUGCUCUGAACAGGAACCAUGACGAAGAUGCCCCUGCCCUGGAAGAAAAUUCACAUGAUCAUGUGCAAGAAGAAGCUGCCUUGAAAUACUCCAGGGAGGCGAAUGAUCCAAUAGACCAUCCUCAAGCAAAUGUUGCUGCCUUUCCAAGAACAAAUCAAAUGAAUUUUAUUGAAGGAGGAACAUUUCAAAUGGGGACGGAUAAGGCCAAGAUCUAUCUGGAUGGUGAAAGUCCAUCUCGAUUGGUGACCCUGGAUCCGUACUAUUUUGAUGUGUAUGAAGUCAGCAAUUCUGAGUUUGAAUUGUUCGUCAACACAACCAGUUAUGUAACGGAGGCUGAGAAAUUUGGAGAUUCUUUUGUCCUAGAAGCAAGGAUAAGUGAAGAAGUUAAGAAGGAUAUUUCUCAAGUAGUUGCUGCAGCACCCUGGUGGCUUCCAGUCAAAGGAGCUGAAUGGAGACAUCCUGAAGGGCCGGACUCUAGUAUCUCUUCAAGGAUGGAUCAUCCUGUAACCCAUAUGUCUUGGAAUGAUGCUACAGCAUACUGCCAGUGGGCUGGCAAGAGAUUACCAACAGAAGCUGAAUGGGAGAAUGCUGCACGCGGAGGGCUCAAAAAUAGGCUUUUUCCUUGGGGUAACAAACUGAUGCCCAAAGAUCAUCAUAGGGUCAACAUUUGGCAAGGGGAAUUCCCUAAAGUCAAUACUGCAGAGGAUGGUUAUGAAGGAACAUGCCCCGUAACAGCAUUUGAACCCAACGGCUAUGGCUUGUAUAACACAGUAGGUAAUGCAUGGGAAUGGGUAGCAGACUGGUGGAACACAGUACACAGUCCUGAAUCUCAAAACAACCCUGUUGGCCCUGAUGAAGGUACAGAUAAAGUCAAGAAAGGAGGAUCAUACAUGUGCCACAUUUCUUACUGCUACAGGUACCGUUGUGAAGCACGUAGUCAGAACAGUCCUGACAGCUCUGCUUGCAAUCUGGGCUUCAGGUGUGCUGCAACCAACCUCCCUGAAGAUAUCCCCUGCAACAAUUGCAACGACUCUACACCUUGAUGCUUCCUGCUCCAGUUACAUGUGUUGCAGCCGUCGCCCCCAAAGAAAGAAUCUUACCCUGAAGACUACCUUUCUUCCCAUUUUUAAAGGUCACCCGACAUUUUCUCUGGUGAUAAUUUCUCCCCGUUUUAUUUCUCAAAGUCAUCUUUUAGGGUUAGGUUCAAUAUUUUGGUUUUGGGUAAGGUUUAGGUUCAGGGUCGAUUUUAUGGUUAGAUAAAGUGUAUGGUCAGGGUUGAUAAUAAGAAUUGUUAGAAUUUAGUUGAUGUAGGUCUGUUGGACACAAGACACAGGUAGCAAUUUUUGGUUAGCCCACAUGUCGUAGAAUGGUUGUAAUGGGUAGCUGUAUGUAGAUAUUAAGGUCUGUAUUCUUGAAAGCAGCUGAAGUUAAACUAACUGAUCUUAGUCCACUGAUUGAUACAAGAGCAUGUGUCAAUCUCUCUAUUUCAUGUGUAUACAUGUACACUAUAAUUUUAUAAGUACCAGUAAAUGAUUCAACAAAUUUUUUUAACUUGUGUAAGUGAAAAAAAAUUUCAUGGUGGCAUGAUUUUGUAAAAUCAUUUAGUUACAGAAUGAGGGUAAUAUAAACAUAUAAUGAUGAGGUUGACACUAAGCACUUCAUAUAUAUAUGGACUCGUUGACAUAUAAGACUGCUUUUCUUAUUUUUCAAGUUAAACAAAAUAAUCAUUGGUUAGACCCGAGACAAUAAAUGAAUGAAUGACCUUUACUAACACUGUUUGUUCCUUUUGAUACAUGAUAUUUGGUCCUAACAUAAUUUAGUUGUUUAAUGUUCUCUAAUCCAUGUAAUAAAAUAUGGAUAUAUUCGAACAUAAUCUCUCCCCCCCCCCCCCCAACCUUAAAAAAUAAUUUUCUAUCCUAAAUAAAAGCAGUUUUAUAUGUAGAAGUAAUUCUUGUACAUGUACUGCAAUUACCCAAAUGACAACAUAUGAAGAGUUUGCAGACAAAUCAAUGUUGAUAAAUAUUGCUUCUUUACAUGGCACGCAAAUGCUGGAUGUAAUCAAUAUUUGUCUAGUACUGUUUGCCUUCAGUGAAAAUUUCAAUCAAGUUACGUACAUGUAUGAUGUACUAGUGUAUAUUUUGUAUGAUGGAUUGCCAUAGUGGCCUUCAACAGCAAUAUUAAAAUUCAUGUACAUGUAUGCUGCGACCAAACAAUAUUCAUUUUAUGUUUCAAAGUUCAAACAUGUAUCUAACUAGUGUAAUACAUGUUUAAUAGUGUACAAGCAAUUCAGAUUCGAUCUUGGACACAAAGUGAAAGGGUUUGUGCAAGAGAUAGAUGGGAGAAGAUGAUUCUAGCAUUGGGGGUACUUGGUAUAACAAUAAUUUAUUAAUUGAAAGGCAGAGUGAAAUAUUUCAUUUUUCGUUUUCAUACUUUAUUUAUUUUUACAUUACAUGUACCGGUAAGUUAUCAAAAAUUUGCUCCUGUAACAAUUCUUCUAGGAUUUAAUUGUCAAAAGAAAAGUGAGGGGUUAGCAUUACUUGCAAUAAGGUUUUGGGGUGAAGUUUAGGGCUAGGGUUAGGUAUAGUGUUUGGUCAAGGGUUGAAGUUAAUAGGAAUUAAGUCAUUGUAGGAAUUGACCCCAGACUAAUUGUACACACACUACAUGUACAAUGUAUAUCUCUUUAAAAUCAUGUAACAGUAAUCAUCACCCCUUUUCAUGUAAAAUCCUCAGUGCUGAAGGCAGUUUAUGCAGAUCAAAUUAUAUAUUGUACAAUAUGUUUUUGGACAAAGAAAAGCUUGUCCUGUUCUUGGAAUUUAAGACGGAUUUUAAGCAUUGUGAAGUUAGGAAGGAUGAGUAAAUUGUCAUGUUUAGUUUUACAUUAUUGUCCCAGAGAUUUUAUUUAUUUAUUUGGAAACAAAUGUGUAUCCUUUGUUUCACUGUAAGGGUUUGAAUAUCACAAUUAACAAUUCAAAUUUUCCCUCCCUCCAUUAAUUAUUUCCACAAGAUUGAUAAAAAUGUAUUGAUUUUCUUAUAUAUGACCAAUUCAGGAACUUGAUUGAUUGCACCCUGGGGUUUGUUAAUUGAUCAAGGGAUUUCUGUUUGACAAUUAUUUUAGUGGUCAUGUUGUUGAAAAGUCUCGAUUAGAUUUUCACAUGUACAAUCGAUGUUUAAACUUUUAUUAGAAAACUUAUACAAGUACAGUGUAUACAUUUUUUCUAGUAACGGUAUGUAUAGGUCAUAUAUUGUACUACCGUACCAGUAUUAUUAUAGUUAAGACUUAAAGGUAGUAUGUUCCAUUUGCAGGUUAAAAAAAUGAAAAGGUCAAAUUCUAACAGCAUUUGAAAGACAAUACUUCAAUUUAAAACUUCCCUCAAAAAACAAAAAGGUUUGAAAAGGCUUUUUGUGGGAAAUAACAACCAUUAGCUGUCGCAUCGACAUAACUUAGUGAUUA